AUGAGUUACGCAGAAGAAGUCUCUCCUUAUGGAAACCCAUAUUCCGUACAAGACGAGAAUGCUUACGCUCCAGCAGGUGCAGCCGCUACUCAGGGCUAUGAAAUGAGCUCACCUUAUGCAGCCGCUAAUGCUACAAACUCCUCUGCAACUGCCAUCUCUACAGGCGGUGCUGCCUCGGCAAACCCCUACGCAAAUGCACCUUCCACAACUAACUCUACAAUCCAGCAACAACAAUCUAAUUAUCAAACUAAUAUCCCUCCAGCAACUGCCACUGCAGGUAAAACUCACGAUGAUAUCACCUCUUUCUUUGCCGAGGUCGACGAUAUUAAGAAAAACUUGGCUCAGUAUGACGACAAUAUUGACCGCAUCGAGUCUUUACAUGAACGGUCUCUUGCCGAGGUCAAUGAUGAGCAGCUCCAAGUUAUUAACUCUCAAAUGCAAGCUCUUGUCGACGAGACUUCAGCUCUAGCAAAGGACCUUCGUCAGCGUAUCCAAGCUCUCCUUAACCGUUCUCAACGUGACAAUACUAAAAACGUCCAAGCAAAUACCGUCAGACAUCAAUUCCAAGCUUCUGUCAAGCGCUACCAAGGUAUCGAAGCUGCUUUCCGCAAGCAGUACCGUGAUCGCGCCGAGCGCCAGUAUCGCACAGUGUACCCUGAGGCCUCGGAAACUGAGGUCAAUGAAGCAGUUCAGCAGAUUAUGGAAGACACCAAUCCAGCUGCAAACAAUCAGAUUUUUGCUCAAGCACUGCUUAACAGCAACCGUCGUGGAGAGGCCCAAUCUGCUUUGAAUGAAGUCAAUGCUCGUCACCAGGGAAUUGUCCAGAUUGCUAAAACCAUGGAAGAGCUUGCACAACUGUUUCAAGAUUUGGAAACAAUGGUGGCAGAGCAGGAGGCGCCUGUCCAACAGAUUGAGGUUCGUGCUCAACAAGCUCAGCAGGAUAUUGAACGCGGAGUCGGUGAGACGUCGCAGGCUGUUCGCCAUGCGCGCGCUGCCCGUAAGAAGAAGUGGAUCUGCUUGGGUAUUGUGAUUCUUAUUUGUGCUAUUCUUGCAGGUGUUCUUGGUGGUGUCUUGGGUUCGAGAUAA